CAUAAGUGGUUGCAAUAAUGCGAUCAUCAUAACGUAGUUGUUUACGACAAUCAACGCGACAAACGAUGUGGACACCGGUGUAUAGCCGAUGUGAGCGUCCAACGUCAUUCGCUGGCAAAGGAAGUGGCUGCUCAAUGCAGUAGCUACUGCUUAAAGCCAUCAUGCAACACCAACACCAGCAACAACAAAAGCGGCAGCAGAAGCAACUGCAAUGGUAUUCAUUAACAUUUCAAAGAGGCAAGCGUACUCAUGCAUAUAUGUAUGCAUGCAAAUAUGUACAUAUGUAUGCAACUGUGCCGUUAAAAAGACGAGCAGCCAUACGAGCUCAGCGCCAAACAGCCGAAUUAGUGGAUACGUUGUAGUCACUACGGUCAAGCCGUCUGUCUGCAAAUUCAAAUGUUUGCAUACAGAGCGCACGCUGUCACAUACAACUUCAUUUACAUUCGCAAGCAUGAAUGUAUGAGCGUACAUUGGAGAUUGGUGAGCGCCAACUCACUGCGACGUUUAGCAGAGCUAAGUAAGCGACGAACAGGGCGUCGCAACGCCAUGUAGAGCAAGCGAAGAGCAGACGAACAGCACACCAUCGUCGUGUAUCUGAACGAACUCGUAGUAGUGUAUCUUAAUAUCUUGCUUGCUUUCAAGCAGAGUGGGCACAUACCGACCGCGAUCGAGCGCGUUUAGCGAACAGACACAACCACGCAGCUAACAGUCAGCCAGUCGACAGACAAGCAACGAAUACGAGAAAAAACUUUUGUAAUUUUUCAUUAGUGCGCGUACGCUAAGGGGUUUAUUUAUUCAACGACGGAUACCGUGUGUGGACAUUAUUUUUCGAAACGUUCGCAAAGAAACAUAGCACAAUACGAUCGAACCAACAGAUAACGUCUCAUCAUUGAAUACAAUUAAAUUGCAACAAUUAAUAAACGGAUUGCUAAAGUGCAACGAGUCAGACCAAAAAAAAAAAAACAGCUAAGGCGAACUAACAGUAACAUUAACAAUAAAUAAACUGUGCUUCACUUAAGAAAAUAUUUUAAAAUAAAGUGUGUAAAAAUAUUAUAUGAGCGCUAGAGCGCGAGGAAACGAACAGCGGAAACCCGUGGAAGGGGCAAAACACAAAUUUUCCUACUUGCAAAACGGCAAAACCGCGACGGCAAGACGUCGCGAAGAAAGCAGUGAACAUAGCAGGCGCCAGCAGAUAAACAGUUUAUUAAAAGAAAUAUUGAAAUUUUGAAAAUAAAAAUCAAGUAGGCCAACAGACGAACGCGCCUACACAUACGACAAUUGUCGAGCUUUAGAAAUUCAUUGAUAAAUUGUUGACCGCGCAGAAGUUGGUAAGCCUGGUACGGCGGCAAGCCCGCGCAUAGCCUGCACAAGGAAGUCACAGUCAAAGAGAAGUCCGAAAGCGCAUAAUAACGUGCAAAGCAAAAAUAAAGCAAAAACAUUAAUAAUUUAUAUUAAACGGCAGAGGUGUGUUAUCUAAUCUUUAAGCGUUUGCUCGCUCCACACACACACACACACGCUAACCAGUUAACAACAACAAGUACACCAAACAAAAAACAUCAACAACAACAAGCGCGCAAGUAGCUUGUCAUUCGCGCCCGAUACGCAACCAAGUGUAUCAUAGCGUCCGUCAGAUCAGGCAGCCAAUCAGCCAGUCAGUCAGUUGUUAGACGGCGUCAGAACUCGAGCGAGUUUCUUUGUCAUCUGAGAGCAGCGCACAAUUCUGCUUUUAUUUCUGUUUUGUAUCAUUAUUUUCUUUUUACUUUUUUUUUACUCAUUUGCGCCAAUUAUAGCGCGCAUACUUACCUCGUUCAUUCAUUUUCGUUGCGUGAAAUCAGUGCUAAAGGAGCGCAAAAUCAACUCGGCCAUAAUAUCCGGCGUUCAGCAGUCAUAAUAUGAACGUGUGAAAGAACAUCGAAAAUUCAUACAUAAAUACAUACAUAUGUAUGUACAUAUGUAAAUAGCGCAUUUGCAAUAUUUAAUUUUAUAUUGUCUAAACAAGUGUGUGCAUAGAUUUGCAGUGCAAAUAAUUUUCUAUGAAGAAAAUAAAUUAAAAGUGCAAAGUAAAAACAACAAGUGAAGUGCAGUGAGUUUAGCUAGAAGAAGCAGAAAUAUUGUAAUUUGCGCAGCAACAGCGUUAGUCGAAACAGCAGCUGUGAAAGAAAAUUAAGUAUAAAAUAAUAAAAUCAUUUUGGUUGACUUCUGCUGGUCACACGAACAAAUACAUACAGAUAUACAAAGUGAAAAGUGCAGGAAUAAAAUCCAGAUUCAAGUCUAAAAGCGAACCACAUAAAAAUGGUUAUCAUGAGCAGCAACAACAGUAGUACAAAUCAGCUGGGAGCGCCACAAGCGACCACAGCAGCAGCAUCGGCAGCAACAUCUAUUAAAACCAUCGGUGCAGCCAGUUCAUGGAGAUCCACAACGGCAAAGUCAGCGACGGCUACCAAGCGCUGCGCCGCGCAAUUAGACACAGCAACAGUUAUGCUUAAAUCAGGCAGGACGAUGGCAAUGGUGACUGCAACCACACCAACAUUAAAAGCAGUAGCAAAAGCAACAACAACAUUUCCAGCAUUAUGCGCAAAAUGGUCAGAAACAGCAGCAGCAACGGCCGUUACAGGAAAACCAGCGCGGCCAGCACCAUCAUUAUCGUCGUCGACAAAUCUGCUCUUAAAAUUCAUCAUAUUUGCCGUUUUGAUCUGUACAACGCCAACUUUCGUUAGCGGCCGACGGCAUGCGCCACUUAUGGUUGAAGAAACGGUGGGCAAUCGUCGAAACAAUAGACCAGUUGUUUCGGAGUGUCAAUUUGGCAAGACAGUACGAGAGAUCGGCUCCACAUGGUUUGCGGAUCUUGGGCCGCCAUUCGGAGUUAUGUACUGUAUACGAUGUGAAUGUGUAGCGGUGCCGAAGCAACGUCGUAUCGUCGUGCGCGUACAAUGCAAGAACAUUAAACACGAAUGUCCGCCGACAUUGUGCAGUGACCCAGUACAGCUGCCCGGUAAAUGUUGCAAAACAUGUCCUGAUAAAAAUGGUAAGCGUGAGAUUUCUGUGCCGAAGCAACGUCGUAUCGUCGUGCGCGUACAAUGCAAGAACAUUAAACACGAAUGUCCGCCGACAUUGUGCAGUGACCCAGUACAGCUGCCCGGUAAAUGUUGCAAAACAUGUCCUGAUAAAAAUGAUACGGACGUGUUUUUGGAUAUGCCUGCCCCAGUGAAUACUGAAGAAGAGGAGCGCAACAUGAAACACUUUGCCGCUCUACUCACGGGUAGGACAUCACAUUUCUUGAAGGGCGAAGAGAUGAAAGCUAUGUAUGCGACCGGCACUUAUAAUCAGCAAAAUAUUGUUGCUACGGGCCGUUUCUUGUUCCACAAAAAGAACCUCUACUACUCCUUCUACACUUCAGCGAAAAAUAAUCGACCACGUACCAUACAAUUCGUCAACGAUGCUGGCACCAUCCUCGAGGAGCACCAAUUGCAGGCCCCACUCUCCGAUACGCAGAGUGUGUAUCAGAAUGCGACUGGUAAGAUUUGUGGUGUGUGGCGGCGUGUGCCACGUGAUUAUAAGCGUUUGCUGCGUGACGAACGUUUGUAUGUUGUCUUGCUGUGGGGUAAGAAAGAUCAAAUCGAUCUAGCGCUGGGAGGCAAGAUAGCCUUGUAUAACGCUUUGCAAAAGGAAAUGUUCAGCUCGUUGUUGGAACCUGCUCCGGGCACCAAAGCUUCACUAAUGAAUGGCGCUGGCGGUACGGCUAUUGUCUCGACAACUAGCGGCGCCGCAGCAUCUGUUCACUUGACACUUGUCUUCUAUGGUGUCAUCGGUUCCGAUGAACACUUGGAUACGCCAGUCAAUGUACGCGUCGAGUCACCUGAUCGCAAAGAAAUCGUUUUGGAUGAAAUACAAAAGGUGCGCAAACCCUCGUCAGAAGUAAAUGUUUUGGAAAUAUCUUCACCUAUAUCCAUACCGAUGCUGCGUUCGAUGUCGCGUGGCAAACUGCUGCUCACAAUCGAAUCGAAAAAGAAUCCACACUUGCGCAUACAAGGGCAUAUUAUCACCCGAACCACUUGCGAACUCUUCCAGACCCUUCUGACACCACACAAUGCAGAAGCCAAGACAAAGAGUAGCGGAUUAGCCUGGGUAUUCCUCAAUACGGAUGGCUCGCUUUCGUACAACAUCGAAACUGAUCACAUCAGCACUAAGGACAGACCAGAAAUCAAUCUAAUGGAAGACUUGGGUAAACGUAAGACUAUGCUGGAGAAUCUUACACCCACCUUCAAUUUCAAUCAAGCUAUUGGCACAAUCGAUAAGCUAGGUCCAAAAGCACUCGAAUCUCUGUACGAAGGCGAUUUGGGCGUCAAUAUUGCUAUUGAGAACGAGCCGAGCCUCAUACGUGGUCAUUUUGUGCCGCGUCCUGUUGCCGAUGCACGCGACUCCGCUGAGCCCAUACUCUUGAAACGUGUGGAGAAUGCGACGGAAGCGCCGACACACGCAAUGGGCAUGGCUUGGCUAGCCAUCGAUAACGAAUGUAACCUACACUACGAGAUCACCGUAAAUGGCUUUCAAUCAAAUCCACAAGACUUGCAAAUAUAUCUCGAAGAGAAGCCCAUCGAAGCUAUUGGAGCGCCGGUAACACGCAAAUUGCUUGAAGAAUUCUCCGGCUCCUACAUGGAGGGCUACGUGCUUGGCAUGCCAUCCAUCGAUCUCGUUAAACUGGAAACUAGCGUUUGCUAUUUGGAAAUCCACACAAAGGACAAUAGUAAGCCAGUACUACGCGGUAAAUUAAAGUCCACCAAAGUGCCAUCACAUUGCUUCCCUAUACACUCGGAUAACAAUGUACCGAAUGCGCCGGGUGACCACAGUGGCAGUAAUCUCAUUGCCCCAGAUGCCAAGUGUUUCCAUUCGGGCCGCUUUUAUGAUGAGUCAGAACAGUGGCACAAUGCCAACGAUAUUUGUCAAAUGUGCGCCUGUCAACGGGGCCAACCCACUUGCGAACCGGUCAAAUGUCCGAACGUGCAAUGCAAACCCAACGAAGAGCUGGUGCGACGCGAUGGCGAAUGCUGUUCCAUGUGUAUACCACAAAAUGUAGCGCUGGAGACGGAAAAUGAUGCGGAACAGAGCGCAAGAGGUUGCCGUUUGGGUGAUCAAUUCCAUUUGGCCGGCGCCAUUUGGCAUCCGUUCUUGCCACCCAACGGCUUUGAUACCUGCACCACAUGUACCUGCGAUGUGCUUACAUUGGAAGUGCGAUGCCCACGUAUGGUCUGCCCCCCGCUGCCUUGCUCGGAGAAAGUCUCCUACCGACCGGACAAGAAGGCCUGCUGCAAAGUAUGCCCCGAAGGCAAAUCGUCACGCGGCGACAAGGCCGGUCCAUCCAAUCCAAACGUCCUGCAGGACCAGGCAUCGCACAGAACGACAACCACUGAAGAUAUACUCAGUCAAGGCGGAUGCAAGGUGCUAAAUAAAGUGUACGAAAACGGGCAAGAAUGGCAUCCAAUAUUGGCAUCACAUGGCGAACAGAAAUGCAUCAAAUGUCGUUGCAAGGACUCGAAGGUAAAUUGCGAUCGUAAGCGUUGCUCGCGCUCCACCUGCCAGCAGACCCGCAUCUCAGCGAAGCGGAAAUUCUAUGAGAAACCCGGCGUUGGCGGCAACACAAACGAACCCGCUAUCGACGAAUGCUGCACGACGCAAUGCAGACGUUCGCGACGCCACCACAGGCGCACGCACCAAGAGCGUGCGGACGAGAGGCAACAGCAGACGAAGCGCGCGCAACAGCAAGCGAAUACAAAUCGAAGCGGCCACAGCAGCUGAGCGCCACAUACAGACAAAACGCAAAACAAUUACGCAUACAUACACAUAAUAACGCGCGAAUAAUACAGCAAAACAAAAAAGAUAAGAACAAAAUCGCUAUUUUCUGCUGAUGAAAAUGCAAGGUUUUGUCACUUUUUUUUAAAUAAAAAACACAAACAAAACAGAACUGAAUCUGAAUGAGGCGAUGAUCGAUGAAAGUGUAGGGGAGCGCAGAAGCACUGAAGCAGCGAAAUAUGUUUAAAGCAAAGAAAGCUAUAAGUUAACCCAUUAAGCGCCCAGCCAAAAUACAUACAAACAUAUGUAUGUAUGUACAAGCAAAUUAAAUGAAAUGCAUGCGACAGCACUUGCUGAAUACGUUAUUUGCAAAUCAAUUUAGGAAUUAUCAGUGCAGUUGGCUUAACGUAGAGAAUGUGAGCAAGCAAAACAAAACAAAAUUCUUUUCAAAGGCCAAACAGUCUUCUGUGAAUGAAAAUUUUUAUAGUCAUUGUGAAUUUCUACAACAACAAAUACCUUAAUUGGGCAGCAACAGUUAUCAGCCGCGUGUUGAAGAGAUCGAGCGCGGCAGGGAGAGAGAGAGAAACAGUGCAAGAAUGAGAAACACAUCCCAAACGUUUCGACUGAUUGACUGAAUGGCAUAGAAAUAAGUAAAAGAAAUUAAAAACAAAAAAAAAUUUUGCAAAAAUAUAUAUAUAUAUAUUUACACAUAUGUAUUUGUUUUUUUUUUUAUAUAUAUAUAUAUUGUAUUAUCGUAAAAUAUUAAUAGUACAUACAUAUACAUGUAGUUAUUUAUAUGUGUGUAAUUGCAAGCGUAAUCAAACACACAAGCGCACCGCACACAUACAGACAUACAUUUACGAGUAUACCCCACACGCUUUCACCCUCAAUCAUUGUUGUUAAUUAUUACACACACACACAUAUACACAAUUACAUGUUCACCCGCACAUAAAUACACACAUACAUACAUAUCCAUACAUAUCGACUCGUACAGCAAACCCACCCUUUCGCGCAUUUUCACCACAUAACUGUAUUAAUGUUUUAUUAUUAUUAUAAUUACCCUUAUUUAAACAAAUUCGAGCUAAGUUUUCUAACUUUUAUUUUUUGUGUAAUAUUUUAAGUAAAAAAAAAAAAAAAAAAAAAAAAAAAAAAAUUAAUGCAAAUUUUUACUUAAACUUAGCUUUAGAUGUUUUGCCUUAGCAUUAGUUGGUUAUUUUUAAUUUCUGUUUAACACUUUUGUAUCAUACAACCAAUUGCGAAAAAACUAAAAAAAAAGUAAUACAAAUUAUUUAUAUUUGUAAUUAUAAAAAUCAAUUUUUAUGCUGAGUAAAUGCACUUAUAUUUCCCUCGCUUUGCUGUGUCGCGAAGUCAGACGAAAUAUUUUCAUUCAUUUAUUUUUGAAAAAAAAAAGAUGAAAACUCAAA